UAUUAUUUACUGCCCAAAGUCAAGGAAAUGAGAGAUCCCAGAGUAUAGACUCCUGGGCUUUCAGACACUGAGACCAGCAGGACUCCAGUCAUUUAUUCGACUCCUCCCCCAGGCACCUCUACCCCACUCUCCAGGAUUUCAUUUCAUCCAACUCUGCUCAUUGCUGCGUGGCAAACCCAAGAAUCACAGCCUCCAGACUUUGCACAGCCCCAGCCUGGUCACUGGCCCUGCCUCCAUUUCAGCUUGGACAGCCUCAGAGUUGGUCCAAGGAUGUCAAUGAAGUAUGAAGACCUCCAGUCCUUGGAGAGUGAGAAGAAAAGCCAGGGUUCUAGAAAGGGGCUGCCUCCUCCCCCAGCCUUCCUGCAGCAUCUCUGCUCUGGCCCCUGGCCCCUUCUGCUCUCUCUGGGCCUCAUCCUUCUCCUGAUGAUUGGCAUCUGCGUGAUUGGAUCCAAAAAUGCCAGGAUUCAGAGUGAUGUGGAGACCCUGAGAGCAACUUUCAGCAACUUCACUUCCAACACGAUGGCUGAGGUCCAGGCACUGCACUCCCAGGGUGGCAGUUUGCAAACAACAAUAACAUCUCUGAAAGCUGUGGUGGAAAAGCAGGAGCAGGAACUGCAAGCAGCCCGUAGCCUGAAUGACAAGGUGUUUUCUCUGAAGAGCAAGCUGGAGAAAGAGCAGCAGGAACUCAAAGCAGAUUAUUCUGAAAUGCUCCUGGGAGUCCAGCAACUGGUCAAAGACCUGAACACCCUGCAUUGUCAGAUGGCUGCGCUCAAGAGCAAUGACUCUCAAAAUACCUGCUGCCCCAUUGGCUGGCUGGAGUAUGAAGGCAGCUGCUACUGGUUUUCUCGCUCUGGAUUGACCUGGCCCCAGGCUGAGAAGCACUGCCAGCUGGAGGACGCCCACCUGGUGGUUGUGGGCUCCUGGAAGGAGCAGAAGUUUCUUCAGCAACACAUGUACCCUGUGGACACCUGGAUUGGCCUUAAUGACCAAAAUGGUCCCUGGACAUGGGUGGACGGGACAGACUAUAAGACCGGCUUCCAGAACUGGAGUCCAAGACAGCCAGACAAUUGGUACCAUGGGCAAGAGGACUGUGCCCACUUCAGGGCCAAUGGCCAAUGGAAUGAUAACCUGUGCGUGAUGCCCUUCCACUGGAUCUGCGAGACAGAGCUGAACAGAUCCAGCUCCUAGCCUCCUCUCCCCUAAUCUAUUUCGGGAAUGCUUUCACCUGCUGAGGGAACCUGGGUGGGGAUUCUUUUUCUGGGGGGCCUCCUGCAUCACCCCAGGGGUUUUCAUCUGGGAUUUGAA